AUGAUGAGACCAAUCCACUCGUUUUUCUUAAUUUAUUUCAUAUUUCUAAACGUUUCAUUGUCAUUUGGCAAAACUGUUUGUAAACCAACAUCAGCUGGAAAUAGUUCGAUUGAUGACGUACCUGCGAUUCAUCAAGCUCUGUCAAUGUGUGGAAAUGGUGGAAUAAUAAUCAUUCCAGCUGGACAAAUAUUCACCAUUCGCAGUCCAUUGAAUUUUCAGGAUUGUCAUUCAUGUGAUUUUCAAAUCGAAGGAACGUUGAAGGUUUUCGAUGAUUUGGAGUAUUGGCAAGAAAAAAAAGCGUUUUUUGUUUUCACGAAUGUCAAGGACGGGACAUUUCAUUCUUUAACUGGUCAGGGUUUGAUCGAUGGAAGUGGACAAAAAUUUUGGGAUUAUUUUGCGAAGAAUCAAACGUAUCAAAGACCACUUCUUAUACACAUCACAAACUCUUCAAACGUUGUUUUCAACAAAUUUUCACUGAAAAAUCCAGCAUUUUGGUUUAUUUUCGUUACUGAUAACUCCCGAAAUGUGACAUUUGCUAAUUUAACGCUAAGCGCGAUAUCAACAUCGUCGAGUUUACCGAAAAAUACUGAUGGUUUCGAUACAGGUGACUGUUCAUAUGUAACAAUAAGUGAUAUUCACGUGAUAAAUGGCGACGAUUGUGUUUCGUUCAAAAAUGGUUCAAAUUACGUAACAGUUCAAAACUUAACUUGUAUCGGAUCACAUGGUCUUUCCGUUGGAAGUCUUGGCGGCGAUCCCGGAGAAUAUUUUGUGAAAAAUGUUUAUAUUUCCAAUGUCACAAUGAUUAAUUCAGCAUUUGCAACUCGAAUUAAAUUUUAUCCCGGUGGUCCUUCGCAUGGAACAGUCGUGAUUCGUAAUGUAACAUACGAAAAUAUCUUUGUUGACAAUUGUGAUUACGCAUUUCGACUUGAUAAUUGCUACGAAUCAGAUCCAACUAUGUGUAAAACGAAUCCAUCUGCUGCUAAACUUUAUGAUAUUAAUUUUAUUAAUCUACGCGGAAGAACUUCUAAGACAUAUGAUCCAGUUGUGGCGAACAUUGAGUGUCCACCGUUGGGUAUCUGUAAUUUAGUAUUUAAAGAAUGGCAUGUUCUUUCGCUAAGUGGAAAUUCAACUGUGCUUUGCAGUUAUUAUGAACAUCCGUCGGGAAUUAAAUGUACAAACAAGGAAUUUUAUGAAACGGAAAGGUUUAGAUUAACGCAUAGAGUUAAAUGA